AUGAGUCAGAGUCACGUCGGUGUCUCCUGCCCCGUCCGGAGGCCUGCGUGGAAGCAGGAGACUCAAAACAUCCGAAAACGUAAAGACUCGCACCAAGGAGACGUUAAGGGCAGCACAAGUGAUAGCUCUCAGUAUGUACAGUGCGUUGCUGGAUGUCUGCAGCUGAUGCUUCGGGUCAAUGAGUACCGCUUUGCCUGGGUGGAAGCAGAUGGGGUAAACUGCAUAAUGGGCGUUUUGAGUAACAAGUGUGGCUUUCAACUCCAGUAUCAAAUGAUUUUUUCGAUAUGGCUCCUGGCGUUCAGUCCUCAAAUGUGUGAACACCUGAGGCGCUAUAACAUCAUUCCUGUUCUCUCUGAUAUCCUUCAAGAAUCUGUCAAAGAGAAAGUGACAAGAAUCAUUCUUGCAGCAUUCCGUAAUUUCUUAGAAAAAUCAACUGAAAGAGAAACUCGCCAAGAGUAUGCUUUGGCUAUGAUUCAGUGCAAAGUUCUGAAACAGCUGGAGAAUCUGGAACAGCAGAAGUAUGAUGAUGAAGAUAACAGUGAAGACAUAAAAUUUCUUUUGGAAAAACUUGGUGAGAGUGUUCAGGACCUUAGCUCAUUUGAUGAGUACAGUUCAGAACUUAAAUCUGGAAGAUUGGAGUGGAGUCCUGUGCACAAGUCAGAAAAAUUUUGGAGAGAAAAUGCUGUGAGACUAAAUGAGAAGAAUUAUGAGCUCUUGAAAAUUUUGACGAAACUUCUGGAGGUGUCAGAUGACCCACAAGUCUUAGCUGUUGCUGCUCACGAUGUCGGAGAAUAUGUGAGGCAUUACCCACGAGGCAAACGGGUUAUUGAACAGCUUGGUGGGAAGCAGCUGGUGAUGAACCACAUGCACCACGAAGACCAGCAGGUUCGCUACAACGCGCUUCUAGCUGUGCAGAAACUUAUGGUGCACAACUGGGAAUAUCUUGGUAAACAGCUCCAAUCUGAGCAACCCCAGACUGCUGCUGCCCGAAGCUGAACUCUGGUCUUUUCAACCUGGACUCUCCAGUCUUCCUACUUCACCCGAGACAAGACACCUAGAGUGGGAAUCUCCAUAGUUAGAGUCAAUCAUAAAUACAUUUUUGUUUUACUUGUAAUUUUCUGAGGUUGUGUAGCUUUUGCUCUAUGCUGAUUUCUGAUAAAAAUAAAAGUGAUUGCGUGCUAA